UCCUGACUUUAGGAUUGCGAAAUUGGAAGAGAAUGGACAGUUCAGUGUCAAACGAUUUAGUAACGGAAAUUGGAUGUCUGAAUUCGAUAGUCCUAUUGAUAGUUGUCGUGUUGCUUUCACUUGCAAGAAGCUUGGAGUUUGUGAUGAGGGGAGAUGUUCUUGCCCACCGGGAUUUCGUGUUAGUUCUGAGGUGAAUGGUAGUUGUGCUCCAGUUGAUAGAAAUUUGGUAAUGCCAGUUUCUUGUAAUGCAUCUUUGAAUAUGAAUGUAACUGAAUUGGGAAAUCGUGUUUCGUACUUGAGGCUAGAGAAUGGUAUGGACUAUUUUGCUAAUGAUUUUAUCGAACCUGUGAAGCGUGGUGUUAAUGUAUCUGGUUGUCAAGAUCUUUGUUCUAAGAAUUGUUCUUGCUUGAGUGUUUUUCAUGAUCAGUCGUCGGGUUCAUGUUAUAUGAUUGAAAAUUUUCUUGGUUCAAUUUUGAGGGGCUCGGAUUCUAGUAACGGAAGAGGUAGAUUGGGAUACGUUAAGGUCAUUUCUGAACCGUCAUCAUUUGAUCCAAAUGACAACUCAAGUGACAAGAGGUCAAGAUUACCCGUCGUUGCUUUGAUUUUACUUCCUUCUUCUGGGCUUUUCCUGAUCAUUGUGAUGAUGGCUGGGAUUAUGUGGUUGAUGAGAAGAAGAAGAUUGAUGCAGAUUUCAGGGAAAGAGUUUGGACGGACGGAUUCUUCUUCGUUUGCUGAGCUUGAUAACAUUUCCAUACUGGGGUUGCCUGUGAAAUUUGAUCAUGAGGAGAUUCGGGUAGCCACGGAGUGUUUUAGAAAUCAAAUUGGUACUGGUGGAUUUGGAACAGUAUAUAAAGGUACUCUUUCUGAUGGAGCUGUUGUUGCUGUCAAGAAGAUGAAUGCUCUCGGGGCUCACGGAAAUAGGGAGUUUUGCACUGAGAUCGCGAUUAUUGGGAGAGUUCACCAUGUUAAUUUAGUUAGUUUGAAAGGAUUUUGUGCACAUAGGGGAGAAAGGUUUCUGGUGUAUGAAUAUAUGAAUCGAGGCUCAUUGGAUCGGACCCUUUUUGGACACGGACCUGGCUUGGAUUGGCAUACCAGAUAUGAAAUCGCGCUUGGAACAGCACGUGGGCUUGCUUACCUGCAUGGUGGUUGUGAGCAGAAGAUCAUACAUUGUGAUGUGAAGCCAGAGAACAUACUCCUCCAUGACAACCUGCAAGUAAAAAUAUCAGAUUUUGGGCUUUCCAAGCUUCUUAAUUCUGAGCAGUCUAGUUGGUUUACCACGAUGAGAGGAACUCGAGGCUACUUAGCUCCCGAAUGGCUGACUAGCUCAGCCAUUACAGAGAAAUCAGAUGUCUACAGCUACGGAAUGGUGCUACUAGAAAUAGUACGAGGGAAGAAGAACUCCUCGUUCCAACCACCAAAUGACACUACUUCUCAAAGCGAAAGUAGUGAAAGGAAUAGGCUUUCUCCAUCGUCUCUUGCCUCAGCAAAUCAGCCAAUCUACUUCCCAUUAUUCGCAUUGGAAAUGCAUGAACAGAAAAAGUACCUGGAGCUUGUGGAUCCUCGUGUUCUGGGGAGUGUCAAAAGUGAGGAAGUCGAGAAGCUAGUACGUGUGGCUUUGUGUUGUUUGCAUGAAGAGCCAACUCUGAGACCAACAAUGGCCAAUGUUGUUGGCAUGUUAGAAGGUGUGUUGCCUUUGGCGAUGCCACAGGUACAAUCACUCAAUUUUCUACGAUUUUAUGGUCGUAGAUUCACUGAAGCAACGAUGAUCAAUGGGGAUCAAGAGGUUAAUGUGUUUGAGUUACAUCAACAAAACAGGAACCUUAGCAGUACUACUAGUAGCUCUUACAAUUCCUUCUCUUAUAUGUCUUCACAGCAAGUCUCAGGUCCAAGAUAGCACUAGUAAAUCUUAUAUUGUUCGAACCCUCCAAAAAUGUUGUCACAUUCGUGUCUGGUCCUCCAAAAGUGCAUAGCUUUGGGAAGAUCCAACAUACUUUUGACAUUAUUUUUGAAGAGUCUGAACAACACAGAUAAAUCUGCUUUGUUAGUUCAAUAUGUUAUGCUACUGUUUGAAAACUUUAGUUGUAAUAUGAUGUUUGCACCUCUUCUGUGAGGCAGCAGAAAGAGUAUAAAUAUAAUUUGUAAUUUAUUCAAUUUCUUGUACAUAUUAUAUAAA